AUGUACGACUACGUGAGCAAGGAGUUGCCGGAGCUGGUCGAAUCAGUUCUUCCAAUCGACCCUGUGAGGCGCGGCAUUUGCGGUCACUCCAUGGGCGGUCAUGGCGCGCUGGUCAUCGCCUUGCGUAAUCCCGGCCGGUAUCAGUCCGUGUCCGCGUUCGCGCCGAUCUCGAAUCCAUCGACCUCGCCUUGGGGGCGAGCGGCAUUCUCCGAAUAUCUGGGUAAAGAAGGCCCCCAAUGGGAUCAAUACGAUGCCAGCAAGCUGGUGCGAGAGGCGCCGCUGGACCUGGAAAUCCGCAUCGACCUGGGCAGCGCCGAUCCGUUUCGGGAACAACAGCUCAAGGUCGAGCAGUUCGUGGCGGCCUGUCGCGAGUCCGGUCAAGCGGUGAGCUUUCAUCUGCGCGGCGGCUACGAUCACGGGUACUUCUUUCGGGACGCGCCGGCUGAUCCCCUGGCGAUCCUCAAGCAAUGGCUGGCGCGCGCGGCCGAGCUGACCGACCGCCCCAAUCCACACUCGCUGGUGCUAUCCACGACGGGCGCACAGGGCCGGGCCGAUGCGCGAGUGGUGCUGCUCAAGCACUUUGACCACGAAUUGGGCUACCUGGUUUUCUACACCAACUACCUUUCGGCCAAGGGCCGGCAACUGGCGGCGCGCCCGGAGGCCUGCGGUGUAUUUCAUUGGGACCGGCUUGGUUUGCAAGCCCGCGUUUGCGGCCCGGUCCUCAUGUCUCCGGGCGCGGAAAGCGACCGCUACUUUGCUUCCCGGGGCUGGCAGAGCCAGCUCGCCGCCUGGGCCAGCGAUCAGAGCAAGCCGGCUUCGUCCAGGGCCCAACUGGAAGCGCGAAUGAAUGAAAUGGCGGUGCGCUUCGGAGGCAAUCCAGGGGACUGGCGUAAGGCUGCGCCGCCGAAGACCGUGACCCGCCCGCCGCACUGGGGACGCUAUCGGCUCUGGGCGCGGACGCUGGAACUAUGGACUCAAGGCCAGGCCCGUUUGCACGACCGCAUCCUGUGGUCGCGCGACCUGAAGCCGGCGGGGGAGGGUCAGUUUCGACCGGGCGCCUGGCGCGCCCAGCGUCUCCAACCCUGA